AUGACCGCGUCGAGUCGUAGUCUUCUCUCGCUGGCCCACGCCGUCGCCAGCCACCACGACGACCGCGAUGGCGGAUGGGCAACCGACAACGACGUGGUGUCGCCAGGUCGCGCGACGUUUCUAUUCGACUCGUUUUGCCAGAGCCAUGGCAUCACGCAAGACGUGAUUCUGAGCAGCCAGCGCAACCAGGACCCGACGAGCACGCAGCAGAUCAUUUCGACGGUGUUUACGAAGGAGAACAUCCAGGCGCUUGGCUUCCGCAACCUCAUCAAGCAGAUCCGAGCCAAGCUUUGCCAGACGUCGCAAGUGCCAACGGCCGAGAUCCGCCUCCGCGGCGUGAGCUACACGGCCAAGGUCAAGCCAUCGGACUCGAGUGUGCAGACGCUCGCGUCGUCCUUCUCGCCGCCGUCGUUAUCUUGCACGACGAUCCAGACACGGGUCAUUCUCAACAACAUUGAUGCGCAUCUCAAGCCCGGGUCCAUGACACUGAUUCUGGGGCCACCGGGCUGCGGCAAGACGUCGCUGCUCAAGCUCAUUGCGGGUCUCACCAAGCCGGGAUCGAACGAGGCGCUCACGGGCACUAUCACGUACAACGGGUGCACGCCCGACCAAGUCGACCUCGCGUCGCUCACGACGUACGUGCAGCAGCAAGACCACCACUACCCGAUGCUCACGGUCAAGGAGACGCUCGAUUUUGCGCACAAGUGCCUCGUGGGCACGGUCGACGUCGACGACCCGCUCGCGGCGAACGAAGAGCACAUGGUUGACAUCCUCAUCUCGGUGUUUGGCUUGACCGAGUGCGCCGACACGCCACUUGGUGACGACAUGAUCCGCGGCGUCUCGGGCGGUCAGAAGCGCCGCGUGACGGUUGCCGAGAUGCUUACCGGUCGUGCGCCGACGCUGCUCAUUGACGAGUUCUCCAACGGCCUCGACGCCUCGACGACGUUCGACAUUGCCAGGGCCAUUCGCACGAUGGCCGAGCUGCUCGAGAAGACGGUGGUCAUGUCGAUGUUGCAGCCGCCGCCCGAAGUCUACGAUCUCUUUGACGACAUCAUUGUGCUCGACAAGGGCGAGAUGAUCUACAACGGCCCGCGCACCGAGUUACCUGCGUACUUUGAAAGUUUGGGCUAUGUCUGCCCGGCCCGCAAGGACAUUGCCGAUUUUCUCCAAGAGGUCACGACGCCGCUGGGUGUGCGCUUUGCAACUACGAGCUGCCCCGUGGCAAGUCGCCCCACGCAGCGCAGUCAGUUUGCCGCGCGCUUCCGUGAGAGCACCGCGCACGCCGCCCUUCGGCGCCAGCUCGCGGCCACCAAUAAGCUCGAGUGGACGUUUUCGUCCAAGCCUGUGACGCAGCACAGUAGACUGAGCUACGGCAGGAGCUUCGGUGUCGUCUUUGGCCGGACGCUCAAGGCAUCGAUCGAUCCGCGACAAGAAGCGCUGGUCAUGGGUUCGAUCAUCGGCACGGUCUUCCUCGACAUUGGUCGAAAAGCUACGACGGCGUCCGAAGAAGCUGCGCUCGUGCCGAUCAAGAUGUCGCUCUUCUUCCUCGCGCUGCUCUUCCAAGCGCUGGCGACGCUCACGUCGAUCGAGUCGGGUAUCUCACGUCGCCAUGUGCUCUACAAGCAGUCGGCCUUUCACUUCUUCCCGAUUUCGACGUAUGCGAUUUCCGAGGCGCUCCUCGAGUGGCUCUGGACCUUGCCCCAAGCACUCGCCUUUUGCUCGCCGCUCUACUUUGGUGUGGGUCUCCACGGCAACUUUGGCGUCUUUGUCGGGCUUGUGUACUUGACGUCGCUCGUGUACACGCAGUUCUUUAAGCUGUGGACUGCGAUCUCGCCCGACGCCGUUCUCGCCAAGGUGCUCUCAAUGUUUGCCAUGUGCUUGCACAUGGUCUCGUCCGGGUACAUCAUGCCGGGGCCGUCGAUCUCCGCCGGGUGGCAGUGGCUCUAUUGGUGCAACCCCAUGGCGUGGGCGCUCCGGGCCGCGGUCCAAAACGAGUUUCUGACGUCGACACCGCUCUACGACACGCCUGUGCAAAAGGUCGGCCGCGUCGGCAACCUCGCUCUCGACGCCUUUGGCUUCUCGAUCAACGACGACUACAUUUGGUCGAGCGUCCUCUUCCUUCUCGGGUUUUACGUCGUCGAGCUCGCGCUCACGACCGUGCUCUACACGUACGUGCGCAUUCGCCCGGCGCACGCGGGGCACACGGACGACGCGAUGAGCAACAGCGUCGCUGCGCGUAGUCUCUCGUUUGACUUGAGCGAGAUGGCACUGGCGACGCCGACGACCCCCGACGCGACGUUCAUUGCUGUGCUCGAUGCGAGUGACGAGAGUGGGCUCAACAGCCUCGCGUUUUCGCCUGUGACGCUCGCCUUCCGCGACCUCUCGUACACGAUCCAAGUCGGCGCCAAGAAGCAAAAGAGUAGCCGCCAGCUGCUCCAGGGCAUCCACGGCUGCUUUGAGCCCGGGACGCUCACGGCGCUCAUGGGCUCGACGGGGGCCGGCAAGACAACGCUCAUGGACGUCAUCGCCGGGCGCAAGACGGCCGGUGUCAUUGCCGGCGACCUGUAUGUCAACGGCCACCCGAUGGACCGCACGACGUUCAAUAUCCUCAUGGGCUACUGCGAGCAGUUUGAUAUCUACGAGGAGACGUCGACGGUCGUCGAGGCGUUCCUUUUUUGCGCGGCGUUGCGGCUGCCGUCGUCGACGUCUGCGGGCGAGCGCGCGGGCUUUGUGCGCGAUGUUUUGGUCGUGCUCGAGCUCCAGGCGCGCGCCAACGCGCAGCUCUUUGCCUUGUCGCUGGGCGAGCGCAAGCGCGUCACGAUUGGUGUCGAGCUCCUCUCGAACCCGAGCAUUCUCUUUCUGGACGAGCCGACGACCGGUCUCGACUCGCGCGCCGCCACGAUCGUCAUGGAGUGCGUCAAGCGCAUUGCGCAGUCGGCUCUUUGA